AUGAAAACUUCAAUUCCUGUAUUAUCAAAGAAGCCAAUAAAUCUUAUGAAACUGAAUUGUUAGAAGAUAAUGAGCCAAAUAAAUCAAGAAUACGUACCUACACAAACCAAUUUUCAUAGUCCAAUCAAACCUAAAAAGAAGAGAAAUUAACAUUUCACAUUUGCGUUAUCUACAAUUGAACAAUAUUAAACAAUUAACUACAACGAUGAACCGAAACUACCGGAAAUACGGAGACAGAGAAACGAUUCUUUUAAUUAAUCAUUUAAGUUACAUGUAGACAUAAAGAAAUCGGAAGACAGUUAAAUUCUUUCACUGGAGAAAUGGUAAGGUCCAAAAAAGAGAAGCUAAUCACCAGCCAGAAGAUCGACAAAAAUAUUACCUCCUAUGAAUGUUAAUUAUAAAUAAAGAAAUAGCCAAAGUCUUAUGGUUUUGAGAGGUCAAUAAUUGGAGGAAAUGAAAAAAUUGUAACGACUAAUCAAAGAUGUUCUGACAAAAUAAGACCAUUAAAUGAAUCAUCAUUUCGAUUCAUUAUAGCAAGAACUUUCGGAAUGA